AUGAUGCCCCAGUGCCAGGGUACAGGACCGCACAAGUCAUACGGAAGAAACCCAGGGGACAUAGACAAAGCCAAACGAAACGAACCAAAAACGGCUCCAACCGCGGAUCUCAAGGCGGCGUCCCCCGAAACAAGGAUGCGAGACAUCAACCGAGAAAGGAGGACAAAGGCAACUGUCGGGGGCGUUGACACCCUACAAGGAAGUAGAGAUAAGAGAGAAAUUAGAAUCUGUAGAGUGGAAGCUGAAGGGGCCGUAGAGAAGGGGAGGACAAGAGUCAGGGCAGGAGGACAGGGACAGACCAGAUGGAUCAGACGAAACAGAACCCAACCACUAGAGCACGAUAAGGCAAGGUCAGAAAGUAUAAAUCUCAGCGUCCGAGGCAAAGAAGAGGGAUCGGAAGAAAAGGGGAUGACAGCGAGAUUCUCAAUACGCCCAGAACAGAGGGUCAGGCGACAGCGCCCAAAGUCAAAGAAUCAGAGGUGUGGAGAGGGGUACCGGAGUGGUGACUUCUAUGUCGGGAUUCUUGAGUUAAAUAAGGAUUAUGAGAAAAUGAGUAAGUCAGAAAAGGAGAUAAAAUGGAAUGAUCGGAUAAGAGGUACCACGCCGCAUGCCAGCAGCUGCAGACAGGACAGCGAGGAGAGGUUCUGUUUCUGGCUGAACCCCCCAGACCAAACAUCAGGCCGACCGGCAGCAGGUCUACAGACGUGGAUGGAUAGGUUCGGAGUCACGGGAGCUGAAUACCAGGAUCAAGCAGGAGGGUUCAGGGGAGGAGUAAUAGAAUCAGAGCAAGGUAAACAAAACAUGACGUGGCAGGAUAUAUUAGAUAGCGUAAUAAGAUUCUCAACGUCAACAGCGACGGACCGGGCAAGUAAUAAUAGCGAAGAAGAAGAGUUAACUUUGGCAGAAAGGAGGGUUUGGAAAGCACUACUAGGAGGCAACGCCACGGUCCAAUGCCAGAACAAUGGAGUUUGCCAGAAGACUUUAUAUUUCAUAGGUUGCAUAAUAUACUGGCUCUGGAAGGAUAAUGCAGAUCUGAUAGACAAGGACAACAAAGCAUGGGCCAAAUGUCAGAGCAUCCGAAGGGGGAUAUUUCCUGAACGAGACAACCACCUAUUCACUACGAAGGAAGGGUGGAAAUUAAUCCAGAGGGGGAAGAGAACGUGUCAAGCAGGCAACAACUUCAUGACCUGUGAGAUGGAAGGUCUAGGUCUCGUGAUGAGUAUCUAUGAGGCAAUAAACUCGUUAUGUCCGAAGUGUCCUUUAUCAGGAAUGAAUGAGUUUCUGAAUAUGAUUCAAACACCAGGCCCAACACAGGAUAUAUUUUGCAGGAAAAGGGCGGGCAAGCCCCCCCUGUGUCAGAUAGGCCAAGCCAAGGAAGACGAUUCUGUCAAGUUGAAGACAGGAGAUGAGGACCAAGAGGUAACUCUCCCGCCAGUCCAAGAGAAAUUGACAUCAAAUACGCCAAGGGCAGACGAAACCGAAGCCCCAGCAGGAAGGAGACACCCCAUCUCGAACACGGACUCAGCAGUAGAGUCAAGUCAGGAGAGGCUCAGACAAGAUAAGGAUGACCGAGGAACGCAAGGCCAUGAGACACAAAAAACGAUGGAACCUCAGAUAGAGAUGGAUAAUGUCCAAGACAAGGGCACCGGAGGAAACAGCAGCACACAAUCACAAGAAGAAGCCGGACGAAGCACAAUCGAGACGGCGAGCAGUGGGUUAAGGACAAAACAUCAUGAUCAAACCCCCACCACAGAAGACAAAUUAGCCAAGGACCCGGGAAGCUCAAGACAGCAGAUCAAUCCAGAGGUCAUGACUUCAGAGGCGGGACAAGGGGCAGACCCGGAGAGCUCAGUCAAAACGGAAGAAGCAACCACCGGAGCAGGAGGAGAGAUAGUAGGAGGAGUAGUAGGGGUGAGUUUGAUGUUAGUGGCUUCAUCAUAUGGUUUGUAUCGUAUCUAUGGCAGGAGGAGAGUGAAGUAUAGGACUAAAAAUGGAGGAGCUCGAAGGAAUAUCGUCCAGUAUGGAAGGGUAACAACCGAACGAACUGAGGGAUAA